CGCAUGGCAGCCAUCAAAGCGCUGCAGCAGUGGUGCCGGCAGCAGUGCGAGGGCUAUCGGGACGUGAACAUCACCAACAUGACCACCUCGUUCCGGGACGGCCUGGCCUUCUGCGCCAUCCUGCACCGCCACCGGCCCGACCUCAUAGACUUUGAUGCUCUCAGGAAGGAAAACAUCUAUGAGAACAACAAGCUGGCCUUCCGUGUGGCAGAGGAGCAGCUGGGCAUCCCGGCCCUACUGGACGCUGAGGACAUGGUGGCCCUCAAGGUGCCCGACCGGCUGAGCAUCCUGACCUACGCGUCCCAGUACUAUAACUACUUCCAUGGCCGCUCCCCCAUUGGGGGCAUGGCCGGCGUGAAGAGGCCUCCGUCAGACUCCGAGGAGGAACCGACUGGGAAGAAGGCCCUGGCCCAGCUGCCCUCGCCUGGCCCGCCCCGGGGCCUGCCACUGUCCCCAGCCAGGACCAACCCCGUUGUCCAGGGGAGGGCUGCAGGGGCACAGGGCCCUCCCCCAAAGGCUGGCCCAGCCUCUGAGGGCAGCUCCGUCAGCAGCACCUGUGUGGUCUGCGGCAAGCACGUGCACCUUGUGCAGCGACACCUGGUGGAUGGCAGGCUCUACCACCGGAACUGCUUCAGGUGUAAGCAGUGCUCCAAUACGCUACACUUGGGGGCCUACCGGGCCACAGGGGAGCCAGGCGUCUUCGAGUGCACCAGCCACCACCCUAAAGCCACCUCUGCAAGCCCCACAUCACCAGGCCUGGCCCACAGACAGUUGGGGGCCACCCCCGUGGACUCCAGGCCCCUCAGUGCCCAACAGAAGGCCCAGGAGAGGAAAGGGCCACGAGAAGCAGGCCUGGAGGCAAGGCAGCCAGCCCAGGAACCUGUGGUGGGCGGCCAAGUGGCCAGACGUUUCGCUCUGUCGACGCCUGACCCUCCCACCACUGCCGCCUCCUCUCAUGUCUGUCGGGGGAGCCCUGCCACGCCCAGGCUCCCCUCGGGCCCUGUGGCAUCCAGCCCCACCUUCAAGGCCAGAACACAGGUGACCAACAGGUCGCCAACUGGGUGGUCCUCGCAGACGCAGGAGACCACAGCAGCCAAGCCUCAGCCGGCGGGGUCCCUGAGCACCCAGGACCCUCGCCCAGCUGUGCCUCAGGUCCAGGUAGCUCCCCGAGUGGCAGUUCCUCAGACCAAGCUCAGCUCGAGCCCAGUGUCUUCAGGCACUUCAGACCCUCCAGCCCAGACCCCCGCGGCCUCCAGGACCCAGCGGGCCCGGGAGAGGUUCUUCGAGGUCCCCAGCAAUGGCCCAGCCAGUGGGGGGCCCGGGAAGGUGGGCCCAGGAGGCCAGGAUUCAGUGGACGCACCUCCAAGGGACAGCAGCCGGGAACAAGCGCGGAGCUUCCUCAAGAAAGCCCUUCUGGGACUUGCAGAGGCGCCCAGCAGGCCACCCCAAGCCUCCUCCCCUGUCCUGAAUUCCCAUCCCAAAGUCGAAGAACCAAGGGCAAGUCAGUCAGCUAAGCUGUCACUGGUGACGCCUCCCCCAGCUCACCGCCCCACUGCAAGAAGUGAGCCCCCUUCGAGGGCUGAGCUGGGGGCACCCCCAAGUGUGAGCACCGCCUCCAGGGCCUCUUCGUCACCCCGGGCUGGAAGGAAGAGCCCAGUGGUCACCCUGGGGGGCAGCAGGGCCGGUGCAGGCUCCAGGGUGAAGCUGGAGGAGCCCCCGACUGUGAAGGGUCCCAGUGCCAGCCUCCAGGAGGGGCCAGAGGACAGCCCGGCAGGGUGGAGGUCCCGGCUGAAGCCUGUGGAGAAGAAAAGCUCUGCUGAGAGGGCUCUGGAGCUGAAGGGACCUCAGGCCCCGGGAGAGUCGAAGGUGGGUGAUGCACCCAGGAAGGUGUCAGGGAGCUCCGAGGGCAGUGUCCGCAUCACACUGACCCCUGUGCGGCCUGACAGGACCCCCGGACCCAGCCUCUCAGCUGCCUCCCCUCCCCUAGCAGCCGCAUCCCCCUUCCCAUCCAGCCGCAAGAGGCUGGCGGUCCCUGCCAGCCUGGAUGUGUCUGCAGACUGGCUGACGACCGAGCCCUCCGGGCAGGAAGCCCCGCCCCCUGGCUGGAAGGAGGCAGAGGCCCACCCUUGGGACAAGCCAGGGAGACCCCUGGGCCUGGCUGACGUCCCCACCCCGUCCUGCAAGGCUGUGGUCUCCCCGGUCAGGCUGCACCCCAACCGAGUGCCCCAGGAGGAGAUUCAGCAGCAGGUGCAGGACAUCGAGAGGCAGCUGGACGCACUGGAGCUCAAGGGCGUGGAGCUGGAGCAGCGGCUACGGGCAGCCGAGGGAGAUGCCUCGGAGGACAGCCUCAUGGUGGACUGGUUCCGACUUAUCCAUGAGAAGCAGCUGCUGCUGAGGCUGGAGUCGGAGCUGAUGUACAAGUCCAAAGACCAGCACCUGGAGGAACAGCAGAUGGACCUGGAGGGGGAGCUGCGGAGGCUGAUGGACAAGCCUGAGGCCCUGAAGUCUCCCCAGGACCGACAGCGGGAGAAGGAGCUACUGAACCAGUACGUGAACACUGUGAAUGAUCGAAGUGACAUCGUCGACUUCCUGGACAAGGACCGGCUCAGGGAGCAAGAGGAGGACCAGAUGCUACAGGACAUGAUCCAGAAGCUGGGGGACCAGAGAAAGAAGCCCAAGUUCCGCUUGUCCAAGAUCUGGAGGAACAAAAAAAGCAAGACCCCUGAGUGAGCUGCUGCUGGGCGAGCAGGGACCCUCAUCACGCGUCGGGCUGGCCUCCGGGCCCAGGAAAGGACAGUGGUAGGACGGGGAUCCUGGAGAGGCCCUCU